CUGAUUAGAUCACCUCUUGCCGCACUGAGUCGCCGUCAGCGCAUGCGAUCUUCACUCAUCGUGGGAUUAACAGUAUAAAUAGUCGACUGACGUUUCCUACUACUUUGUUUUCAAAUGUUGAACAGGACGAUCUUUUGGAACCGUUGAUUCCAAGCGGCUUGCCAGCGUUCUGUAUCAACGCUGCCAUCUCUUAUCGUCGAUAAAUUUUCCGCUCCCCCGUCCACGACGAGUCGCGUCCCACCCCAGGCCAUGGCAGAUAACGAUCCAUCGCAAUACUCCGCAUUUCAGUCUCUAUCCCAGUCCCAAUCGCAACAUCCUGAGGCAGAUCACGAUGCUGCUGCGUCGCCCGCCGCGACCGCAGCGAACGGCAGCGGAGAAGGAAGCAGCAACUACGUCCCCCGUCCCAAGCGUAUCGCAUGCGUCGUGUGCCGGAGAAGAAAAUUGAAGUGUGAUGGAAAAAAACCUAGCUGUGGGACUUGUUCGAGAUUGGGGCAUGCGUGCGCUUAUGAUGAAGCGCGCAAGAAGAGCGGUCCUAAGCGGGGGUACGUGAAGCAGUUGGAAGCACGAUUAGCCCAGGUUGAGAUUUUGCUUAAUGGCCAGGAGCCAACCGCAUUACCGGCGUCCCAGACGCAACCCCAACCCCAGGAAAAUGCGUUCGAUGCCUCUAUGCCGAAUAGUACUUUGUCGCCCGACUUCCCUCCAAUCUCCGCGAUUCCAGACGAAGUUGAACGUUGCAUUGCACCGGGAGAUGUAGCUACACAACCCCAGCCUGGCCGGGGAUACCUACCAGAGCCAGGUUUUAAUAUGGCGGGUAAUUCCACGUGGGACAUGAUCAGCCUGGGAUUAGAAGAACCACUUCCUAACCAGAAUGUGAUUGAUGAACUGCAUCAGAUAUAUUUUGAAAAAGUUCACCCUUCGAUACCAGUCGUUCACCGUCCGAGAUACUUGGCAGCUUCAAAUUUGACCUCCAGUUUACGACCUCCUGUUUACUUGCAGUAUAUCAUGUGGUGUCAUGCGGCAUCUAUCAGCGAUAGAUACCACGAUUUGCAUGUACACUUUUACCAGCGAGCGCGUAAAUAUGCCGAAAUGGAGGAGAUGAGGGGACUUGGGGAGAACAUCCUUUCUUUGGCCUAUUGUCAGAGUUGGCUGUUAAUCGCAACAUACGAGUCUAAAAUGCUGUAUUUCCCUCGCGCAUGGCUGAGCACUGGGAGGUGUGCAAGAAUGGCCUUGAUGAUGGGUUUAAAUCGGCUGGAUGGAGCGGGCCUCAACGUCAAGCAAUCAUUACCACCGCCGAAAGAUUGGACCGAACGAGAAGAACGAAGGAGGGUUUUUUGGUUGAUAUUUUGCUGUGAUCGAUAUGCCAGCAUUGGGACUUCAUGGCCCAUGGCGAUUGACGAGAGAGAUAUCAUGACGAACCUCCCUUCCACCGAGGAAUCAUUUAUUAAAAGCAAGCCACAGCGAACCUUACGCCUCGCCGACGCAUUGAUGGGAGAGGGCAAUGCGACUUUGUCGCCGUUGGCAAGCGUUGUGUUGCUGGCAGCACUUUUUGGGAGAAACCUUACACACCUUCAUCGUCCUGAUCCCCAGGACAAUGAUCAUGACCUUAAUGGGGAAUUUUGGAAACGUCACCGAUCGUACGAUAAUUUACUUCUCAGCAUUGCUUUGCAGCUUCCUAGUCACCUGCGAUUACCAGCAGGAAUGGAUGAUCCGAACAUAAUAUUUAGCAACAUGUGCAUACACACGUCCACGAUAUGUCUUCACCAAGCGGCGAUUUUCAAAGCAGAGAAGAACAAAAUGCCCAGUCAGAUGAUCAUCGAAAGCAAGCGGAGGUGCAUCGUGGCUGCUGAUCAGAUUGCGAAUAUCAUGAAGCUGAUCAGCCAUAAGGAUCUGACCAUUAUGAACCCAUUCUUAUCGUUUUGUGUGUAUGUCGCUGCGCGGAUCUUUGUGCAGUAUCUCAAAUCCCGGCCAGAUGAUUCUAUGGUUCAAUCUUCAUUACAAUUUGUCAUGUCUGCUCUCAGAGCUCUGAAGAGCAAAAAUCCUCUAACGGAGACAUUUCUCGUUCAAUUGGACGUUGACACGGAGGGAAGAGCCUUCCAGGGCAUUCAAACCCCUACAAACCGAGAUGGUCGUGGCAAUCAUUGUGCUCCAGGAGUCGUAUGUGCCCAUUUAAUUGUAAUACGUUAUGAUAUCGGAUUUCUGACUCAUCUUCACUGCACUUAGGAUAUCUGCGCCCCUGAAGUUACAGAUUGUCCAGCUUUCCUCGGUCUUCCCGACUCUCACUCCGGUGGUGCGCCUGGGAAUCCUCCCCUGAGUAGA